AACAAUUAGAUUAAUUAUGCAGUAGUGUCGAUUGACCAAAUAUCACAAGGACGUACGCUGAUGAAUUAUCGACAGGGAACCAAAGAGUUCAAUGCGUCUUUUCAGUCACAAUGAGUAUCUGGUGUUACAUUUAAUCCGUGAUUCCUGGUGGCCCGCUAACACCCCGUAUCUCCUCUAUACCAUGCCGCGUGUAUAUUGCAUGAACGCGUGCAAUGGGAGGUAGAGAAGCAGGGAACUAACGACGAACGACAUGCCAUGUCUCCCCGUUCCUUAAUCCAGAUAGACGCAUAAGGAGUCGGUAACAAUCAGGGGAGAAAGUAUAAAUGACAUCUAGCGAGGAGUAAACCCUUUAGUCUUUCGUGGAGAGAGCACCAUGCAAUACCCAUCACAGAUCCUGUUAUGCAUAACAUUAUGGCUGAGUGUCUUCUCGAGACAUUCAGUAGCAAAGGAACCUCCCGAUUCUGAGCUGCUGAAAAAAUACGCUAAAGACGUUGAGACGGUUCUGUCACCUACCCUCAUUGAAGAACUCCAAGGCGCACAGUCGAACCGUUCGGCGGUCAACUUGGAACAAACGGUUCCGAGGACUCCAAAUCAACCACAGAGCGUCAGUGGUAAAAGUCCGGAGAUAAAUUUCGAUAAUCAAGUUUAUCCGUACCACUACGAAAGGUCUUACCACUACCACUAUCCUCCGAGCCCACAGGAUGCAGUCUCAGGACCAGUCGGUUACUCUGACACUUUUUACGGACCUUCAUUCAGGCCAAGGAUCCGGGUGAGCGACAUUCAGGAUCCAGGUUAUUACAGAUCCGAGCUCUACAACCCGUUCCGAUCCCCCUCGAGACAGAACGCCGGUGUACAAGCAACUUCGAGUGCGAAGGAAAAUAUUGAAGUUAAUGGGGACGGUAAACAAACACCCGGAGCACAAGGACCUCCGGAGGUCUUUCAUGGUCCAAAUCCUCUGCCACCAAACGGCUUCGCACACCCUGAGAUCUUGACGCAGUCACCACCCUCUAACCCGUUUCCUAGCAUGGAUUUUGACAGAUACCGACAUGCCGUUUUUGACAGACCGUUAGGACCCAGUAACUACUUCAGACCAGGUGGAGAUAUCGGACCACAUCCGCAUGAUUUCAAGGAAAAAAUCUCGCAGCCACUUCAAGAUAGACCCAUGGAUCCGUACCAGAAUUUACCACCCUUGGAUUAUCAGGGGUAUGGAGAUAACCGCCCUCUGAGACCGCAUCAUCUGUCACCACCGUUUCUCGACCCCUUUUUCCCCGCGGGUUAUCAACGACCUUUUUACAGCGGCUAUCGUCCCUCUGAACACUUCCAUAAUCUCUUCAACGAUACCUUUACGAGGAACUUUUCGCACAGACAGCCUUUCGGUGGAUUCUAUCCUAACCGUAAUUACAACCCUCCACCACCCCCAUCAGCUCCCCCGGCUCCUUCACCUCCACAGCCCCCUACACCUUCGUCAGCGCCAACAGAGAGCAUGCAGGAAUCGCCUUCUCCUGCGGCCUCUUUAAGUCAACCGACACCUGCUAUCAGUCCAGAAAAUCCCGCAGCACCUCUACCUGCUGCUUCAAAUUCAAUCUAUGAAGUGAAGCUUUUCUUGCCGGCGAUCGAUAACGUAGAUCAUGAAUUUCAGCCGAGCACAUCGGAAGAAUUUACAUACACCAGUAAGAGUUUGAGGUUUUAAAUGAAAUUUCUGAUUUAUCAUUAAUCCAAUAAAUUUAAUUUAUAAUAAAAAGAUGAACAAACAAAG